UUAAGGGAGGGUUCAUCUUAAUCCAUACCACGACCAAGACACGAACGAUACAGAAAUCUGAUCUCUAAUAAUCUAACACAAGCUUAAUUCAGUCGGCAUGUCUAACCACCGGACACCAGCUCACGUCGAUCAAUCCCUUUCCGCAAACCCUUCCUCCGGAUCGAGCGAACAACCACUACAAGAUAACCAGCCCCACUCUCAAGGACAUUCUUCUGCUUCUUUCCACCAAUCCACUUCCGUACCACCAACUACAACUGACCAGCAGUGGUUUCCACCAUCUCAGCAGAUGAUCGUCACCAACUCCUCCUUCUACGACCCUACUCAAUCUUCAGGCUUUACAGCCCAGCAAUCUUCUAUGAAUGUCUGGAAUACCCAAUUCACAGGUCCCGGUGGCGAAUACUUUCCCCGACAAAACCCGACAUACCAGCAGCCGUAUGCCUUUGAAGGAGCAGGGUCCACUCAAUAUUCAUUCGUUCAAGACCAGGUUCAAGUUCAAGAGCAACAGCAGCAUUCACAACAGCCCCGCGUUAUACCCACUCCACGGCGCUCGGCACGUGGUGGUUCCCGGACUUCUGGGUAUUAUAGGCAGAGGGGCGCUGAAAGCCAGCAACAUGCAGGCCAAUACUCACAAGUCCCUCCUUCCGUACCUCCAAAUCCUCCGUCAACCCAACCUCCACCUCCUCAGCCCUCUCAACAGCCAACGGGCCAAUCCCUUGCUGCACAGCGUACAACCGAAUUAAUCGCAGGUCAAUUCCCACCAGUACAAGCCGAUCAGCAGCACCCAGCUCAGCAGCCCCAGCCCCAUUUCUCUCCCCCUCCUACCCAGUCCCAAUUCCAGAUUCAACAAACCCAGUUCCCGCCUACCCCACAGUUUUCCCAGAGUCAGUUUUCGCAACCCCAUCAUCCUCAUGUCUCAUCGCAAUCGCACACACGUCCUCACGUUCCAACGCAAUCGCACACUCAUGUCCCAUCCCAAUCCCAAUCGCAUGCCCAUCCUCAUGUUCAGUCCCAUACCCAAUCUCAACCUCAACUUCACGCCCCUCCAAAUCCACCCCGACAAUCUCAACACUAUUCGGGGCCGUCAGAUCCGUAUUACCUUCAGAGCGAUAUGUAUUAUGCGAUCAAUACGCAAGGGAAUCAGAGUGCACCCAGUCUUCACGCACACUCAACGUCUCCACACUCGCCUUUUGCGACGUUUGGGCCUCAUACGCCACCUGUAAAUUCGCAAACGCCUUCUAGUGAUAGUGGUCCCUUGCUUGGACUCCCGCGCUCACACGACUCCGUCUCUCCGGCCUCGUACGCAAGCCACCCUACGUCCUCCUCAUUCGACGAUUCAUCUUCGGGACAUCCAGUAUCGUCUGUGAGCUCGAGUAACGUGCACAUGGCUUCACAUGGCAUGGGACAUGCUGCAACUUCGUCGAUCUCUACUGUCACUCCUGGAUCGCCCCCAAUCGUCGCAGCGCCACAGCAACAACAACAGCAGCAGCAGCGUGUGCAGAUACGCCAGCGCCCGAUUGUGCCGAUAACUCCAGCAACUGCAACGGCUCAGGCAGGUCCUGCACGGCCUCCAAUCGUACCAAAACCACCCGCUCCUCGCCCCGCAACAAACCGAAGGGCUCGGGCUCCAAAACGACCAAGGCCAUCGACAUCCCAAGGUGGCGAGGUGGGGGUGGGGACAGUGACGAUGACAGUGAUGAUGACGAUGUGGUGGAAUGGGCUGGACCAUCUGUGCCUCCACAAGGCGCGGCUACAGGGAUGGGUCAACGCAAGUGAGUGA